AUGGCUGAAUUGCUUGUUCCAAAGAUAAUAGGUGAAUUGGGUGAUGUUGCCGUGAAGCAGUUGGGGGCGAAGGUCAACUUGGUGAUGGGGGUCGAAGAAGAGGUGGCAAAUAUCUCCUCUAAGUUGGCAACCAUUGAAAAAGUGCUUCAUGAUGCAGAGAGACGAAGGCUGAAGGACAGAAGUGUUGGAAUUUGGCUAGAAAAGCUCGAGGACAUAACAUAUGAGAUGGAUGAUGUGCUGGACGAAUGGAACUUCAAGAUUCACAGAGCAAAGAAUGAGGGAACUAGUCAGAAUGCCAGAAUGCAGCCUACACUGCGGAACAAGGUUCGUUCCUUUAUCCCAUCCCUUUGUUCUUGUCUCAAACAAGUUCCUGUGCGUAGUGAUAUAGCUCAGAAAAUAAAGAAAAUAAAUGAACAGCUAGAAUUAACUUUGAAAGAGGCAGAUCAAUUCAAGUUUAUUACAAGUGGGGGGAUUCCUGAUUCUCAAGAUUUUCAGCGAAUUAUGACUACCUCAAUCAUAGACGAAUUAGAGGUCUAUGGUCGAGCAGCUGAUAUGGAGAAGGUUCUUGACCAAAUUUUGUCCAAAAGUAGUAGUCAAGGAAGAGAUGGGGUUCAAAUUAUCUCUGUUGUAGGGGCCGGGGGUAGUGGAAAGACCACACUUGCCCAGCUGCUCUUCAAUAUUGAUAAAGUGAAGAACCACUUUGAACUUAGAAAUUGGAUCUGCAUAUCAGAUCCUUUCGACCAGAAAAGGGUCGCGAAAGCUAUCCUUGAGAAUGCUGGAAAAAGUUCUCAUGAAGCAGAGUUGGAUCCGUUGAUCCGACGUAUAAAAGAAACUUUUUCCGGCAAGAGAUUCCUGCUUGUCCUAGAUGAUGUUUGGACAGAGGACGACUCAAAGUGGAAACCUUUCAAAGACUCUCUUAAGGAUGGGGCUCCCGGAAGUGUAAUCUUGGUAACAACAAGGAGUCAUAGAGUGGCCACAGUGGUGGGAUCGACUGAUACUCACGACCUAGGCAUGAUCUCUCACUCUGAUUGUUGGUUAAUAAUGCAAAAGAUAGCGCUUGCCAGAAAAUCAGGGGACUUAUGCAAGAAGGUGGAAAGAAUUGGGCAGAAAAUUGCAGAAAAGUGCAAGGGGUUGCCACUUGCAGCAAAGACUAUGGGAAGCUUGUUACGGUUCAAAGAUACCGUACAGCAGUGGCAGAAUGUUUUGGACAGUGAGAUAUGGCAAUUGGAGGAAGCAGCUGUGGACCUUUUCCCUCAUUUGUAUUUAAGCUAUAACGAGUUGUCCCCGGAGCUGAAACGUUGCUUCUCAUAUUGUGCUGUCUUUCCCAAAGAUGUUGGGAUAAAUGUAGAAGAACUUAUUAGGCUGUGGAUAGCACAAGGUUAUGUUCGCCCAAGACGAAGAGGUGAGCGCUUGGAGCUGGUGGGCCGUGAGUACUUCAACAAUUUGGCAAUGCGUUCCUUUUUUCAAGGAUUACAAAAAUAUGGUCAUGAAUAUGGCGAGUGCAUGAUGCAUGACAUAGUGCAUGAUUUUGCACAAUUUCUCACAAAAAAUGAAUGUCAUGCACUUGAUGGAAUUGGAAGAAAUUCAUCUAGUGAAAGACCACGUCAUCUAACAAUUUUGGGAGGCACUGAGGAGGAGAUGUUUAGUUCUCCAGUCGUUGAUUUUGGAAGGCUCAGGAGCUUUUUUGCUUUUUCUGCAAUUGGAAUAGUAGUUCCCCAAAAUAUAUUCUGCAGUUUGAAGCGCGUGAGGACUCUGACUUUAAGUCAUUGUGAGCUAGCUGAAAUCCCAGCAGCGACCGGAUGUCUGAUUCAUCUUCGGCACUUGGACUUAAGUAGUAAUCCUUUCGUGACACUGCCAGAAGCUAUAUGUGAUCUAUAUUAUCUGGAAACUUUGGAUAUCGGUUUUUGUGGAAAGGUUUCGUGCCUUCCUGAAAGGAUUGAAGGCCUUGUACACUUGAGGCACCUUGAGAAUGUCGCGACCCAUGAAUUACGUCAAAUUCCACAAGGACUCAGGAAGCUGACGUCACUCUGUAGUUUGACUCGGUUCAUUGUCAGGUGCAACUCUGAUGAUUUGGCAAUUCUGAAGGACCUGAACCAGCUUGAAAUAUUGGGCAUUAAAAUUGAAGGAGAAGUAGAUUUUGGGAGUGCGGAACUUGGCAAGAAAGUCAACACGCGUGACAUGUAUUUGCUCUUUAGCAAUGGGACCCACUUUAUAGAAACUCCAAGCUGCAUUGAAACCAUGGAACCACCUCCAAACUUGGAAAAACUUGAGCUAGAUGGCAAUCCAGGAGCCCAGUUACCAAGUUGGCUUGUGACGAAGUCUCACGCCGAUAACUUGACAAGGCUAGUUAUUGCUAGGGCCCGCAACAUCUCAUCCUUGCCUGCCUUGUGGAAGCUAUCAUCCCUAGAAGUGCUUACUCCAAGUCAUCAUUCUCAGCUGAAGUAG